ACAACACUUCCUUUCAAGCUCAGCAUUUGGGUGGUAGUUCCCCUCGACAUGUCUAUCAAGAAAUGUUAUUUCUUUUGGGGCUCAUACACCCCAGCCAUGACAUGAUGUUUGUCCACAAUGAUUGCAAGGUGUUUAGAUUCUGUAAAUUCAAGUGUCAUAAAAACUUUAAUAAGCCCUGGCUGGAACUGAAUAAGAAGCACAAUCCCAGCAAGGCCAGGUGGACUGAAACAUCCCAUAAAGCAGCUGGUAAAGAGCUUACAGUGGAUAAUUCAUUUGAAUUUGAAAAACAUAGAAAUGAACCUGUCAAAUACCAUCAAGUGCUGUGGAAUAAAAUGAUUGAUGCAAUGAAGAGAGUCAAAGAGAUCAAACAUAAAUGUCAACCUAAAUUUAUAAUGAACAGGUUGAAGAAAAAUAAAGAACUACAGAAAGUUCAGGACAUCAAAGAAGUCAAGCAAAACAUUUGUCUCAUCUAGGCCUGUUUUGUGUGCAAAGGAAAGCAGCUGGAAAACAAAAUGGUAUAGAAAUUACAUGUAAACAUGGAAGUU